AUGUCCACGAGUUACUUUGAUCUAGACACUGUUCAUGACAUCAUGUUGAGCAGUGAUAGUGUAGUGCCUUAUUAUGGUGUGCACCCGUGGUAUAGCCAUUUGUUUCGUGUAAGCGCUGGCACCAAGGCUGAACAUUAUAAUCGUGUUUUGCAGCCAGCGCCUUCUCUGGAACUUUUGGAUGUUCUUCCAGAGCCUUUCGAUUUCUAUGAGUUCUUGGGUAGGAUAAGAGAGUGCGCCGAGGUGUGUAAGGCGAAGGGUAGGAAAUAUGGCAUUGGCGAGUUGGGGCUAGAUAAGUUAUUCAGGGUUCCUACCAAUGGGUUUUAUGGGAACCAGGAGAUUACAGAGAACGUUAGGCUUUCGAAUUCAAAGGUCACAAUGGACCAUCAGUUGCAUAUAUACACCGAGCAGCUAAAGCUUGCGAAUGAACUCAAUGUUCCGGUGUCAUUACAUUGCGUUAAAGCACAUGGGGCAUUUUUUGAUUCGUUGGCUAAAUCUUCUGCUUAUGAUAGUAUUCCAGCGGUAAUUCUUCACUCGUAUACGGGUUCGAUUGAGCAGGCUCAGUCGUGGGUGAAAGAGUACCGCAAGAAACCUACAAAGCUACUUUUCUCCUUUUCAAACUACAUCAAUGCCGCUGAGCAGAAGCUUCCGACGUUAUAUAAUGUGUUAGAUAUCCUUGACGAUCUGCAGAUUCUACUAGAGACGGACAUGCCUAUAGAUCGCUUCUUCUUGCUGGACAAAGAUGGAGAGUACGCUGAACAUGCAGAAGGAAUCACAUCAGCUGUUUGCAGCCACAGAGGCUGGUCGGCUGACAAUGCCCAAGAGCUUCUCUACAACAAUAGCAUUAACAUUUACAAUGUAUAG